AUGAAGCUCAAUUUCCAGGUUUCUGUAGAUUAUGGCAACAAGAAUGGCAGGCGAGCACAUCCAGGCUUCUCAGUGGAAGAAGCAGUCAUCCUAAUAGUAGAAAGAAAACAGAAGGUUAAUCUGGUAGCUUCCUUCAAGUUGGAAGGAAGGAGUAGGGUUUUUCACCUGGGUGAUAAUGGAGUAGGUGUAGUGGUCAGUUGUUGUGAGACAGGAGUGCAUCAUCUGCAUUUAACUCUGAAAGGUGAUACUUUCUUACCCAUGGACAAGAUAUCUGCCAUAGAUGUUGAAAAGUUGAAGUAUUUCCUGGAAUUUUUACAUCCAUCUGAAUCCCAACAAUCUGAGGAACCCAAGAGCAAUCAGCAUAUUCCUGAAAGCAGUGAUCCAUUUUGCAGGAAGCCCCAGGAGCUAGUGCGCGGACCCUUGAAUACUACACAAGAAAGUUGGACUCCACUCCCCAUAAAGUUUCAGAGCAACUCCAGCAGCAGUCAUGGUGAAAAAGAGAGUGGAGAAAUACAGAGCAAAAACAUGAAGAGAAAAUCAACAUUCACAGUAGAAAUGAAUGAGGACAUUAUUGAAGAAAAUAAUUCUGAACCAGGAAAGAAAUCCAAAACUAAAAGCGAAGAAGAGAAACCAAGCUUAGGAGAUCAGGAAGAACAUAACAUUGGAAAAGUUGAACCUCCAUUCAACCCCAACACCUGCUUGGGUCCUAACCUAGAUUAUCACAUUGUUCUUCCAACACAAAUAUGGCCUGAUGAAAGUGGAUCAAAGUUUAGACAGGAGACCCAAUCAUACACAUAUAUUGACAUCUAGGCUACUCCAGACACUUAUAUGAAGGAACUGAAACAUGAAGGCUUCCCCAAUCUGGGAAAUACCUGUUACAUGAAUUCCAUUUUAUAAUCUAUUUCUGGGAUUCCAACAUUUGCAAAGGACUUGCUCACACAAGGUAUCCCAUGGGAGAAAUUUUCCUGUGAUGAUCUUAUCAAGCCCUUAACCAAAAUGCUUGUUUUGAAAGAUAUCCAGAAUAUAGAGAUCAAAGGAAUGUUACUCAUGGAUGUGAAGAAAUCCAUUUCCACAGUUGCAAACACAUUCUUGGGCAAUGAACAGAAUGAUCCCUUUGAAUUUCUAACUCACUGUUUAGACCAGUUGAAAGUGAAUAUGGAAAAACUAAAUGCCACACAGACCACUGAGAAGGAUAAUGAGGCUGAGAGAUCAUCUCCAUCAACAUGUGCUGGGACUGCCAUCCCCAAAAGGUUCAUUUGUCCUGUCAGUGCUAAUUUUGAAUUAGAGCUGCAGAGAUCAAUUGCUUGUGAAGCCUGUGGUGAGGCUACUCUCACCACUGAAGUGAGUAAUUACCUCUCUGUUGACCUGCACCAAGGGACAAGAGAAGAGCCUCUAUCUAUUCAAAAGUCCCUUGAUCUUUUCUUUACACCAGAAAAAAUUGAGCGUAAUUGUGAGAAGUGCAAGAACAAGAAUUCAGUUCUCAGGUACACGUUGAAGAGGCUCCCCAGGGUCCUCAUUGUUCAUCUGAAACGAAACCACUUAACCGCUAAUGGAUUGUUGGUGAAGAGUAAUCAGCCAGUUGAGAUUUCUAUGUAUCUAAAUGUAUCUUCUCACUAUAAUGAAAACAGGAAAUCACCAUUUUCCUUGAUUGAUUACAUCCCCCUUGAUGACUGUGAUGUCCCAAAUGACCCUGAAGGGAUGAUGCCUCUCAGCCAGUCAAUACCAUCUUCUAAUGUGAAGAACUAUGAGAAAAUUAAUGUUGAUGAAAUAUCAGAUCACCACACUACCACUAAGGUUGUCAAUUAUUGUGAUCCUAAUGAAGGAAAGAUUCUUGAAGGAUCUCACAAAAUGGCAGAAGAGCUUCUCUCUAUUUACAGGAAUAGAUUGCACAAGGAAUUCCUUCCUCAGGCAUCACCUCAAAGUGUUGAGGGUACUCAGGACACAGAGAAAGAUCUGAAUAAGUCUUCAGGAUUGAGAGAUCAGAAAGAUGAUGAAGAUCCCCUUGGUGCAUCAGGGCAUCCUAAAAAUAACAAUGUUCCAGGAAGCAACAACACAGUAGAUGCUGUUCAUGAGUCCAAAAAUUUGGGGAGAGUGACCUUUGAAGACAUCACUGUGAACUUCACCCCAGAGGAGUGGCAGGGCUUGAAGCCUGAGCACAGACACUUGAAUAAAGUUGUGAUGUUGGAGAACCACAGCACCCUGACAUCUGUGGGUGAGGAGGGCUUUAGGACUGAGGAGGGGGGUGAUGGCCUGGAGUCUGAAAUAUACAAGGAUGUUUUCCAGAAUGUUCACUGUCGAGAAAUCCUUCAGCAGCAAAGGAGCCUACAUAAAAAGAUCUACGUUGGGCAAAAUCCUUAUAAAUGCUCUGAGUGUGGGAAAGCCUUUGCUGAGAAGCUGUAUCUUGAUGGACACCAGAAACGAUUUCCCACUUGA